GUUCUUUUCUAUCUAUAGUCAUUGAAGCAAGAUGAGCAUAAUCGAAAAUUUAACCCAAUAACAAAAAUUUGUGGUUUGCAUGCGCUUGUCAAUUUUGUACUCUUCGAGUUUGUUUUCAUGAAGACUUUUGUCAUUGAUUUUCUAAUUUCCUCUUAAUUUUCCUUUAAAUUCUCAGUUUUCUAAUAGAGAAUGGGCGACGUAGGCCAGUCCACGGCUAAUACUUCUAACAAAGAAAUGACCAGCAACCAAGACGAACUUAUUUUGGCCCAGCAAAGGCAAAUCGAAAAAGAGAUCUCAGAAUCUAUUCCCUUGGUUGGAGAAUUAGAACCUGUAACGUCAUUAAGCUCAGAAUACUCUGGUGAUGAUAUCUACCUAGCUAAAGUAAAUGACUUGGCUGCAAAGUAUAGCUCUAUGAGAAGGACAAGACCAGAUGGUAACUGUUUCUUUAGAGCAUUCACUUAUGCUACUUUAGAGAGACUAUUGGGCAAUAAGGAAGAGUUCAACAGUUUUUAUAAGUUGGCUGAAAAUAGUAAAAACGUUCUGGUUGAGCUUGGUUUUCAACAGUUUACUCUUGAAGAUUUUUAUGACACUUAUAUGGACGUAUUGAAGCGUUUGGCAGACAUAGACAAUGUUGAUGACGCUAGAAGAGAACUGCAUACAGUGUUCAAUGAACAAGGAUACUCUGACUAUAUGGUGGUUUACCUAAGACUGUUAACUAGUGCUCAACUACAAAAAGAAAAAGAUUUUUAUAGUUGCUUUAUUGAAGGAGAGAGAACAGUAGCCGAUUUCUGUCAUCAAGAAGUUGAACCAAUGUAUAAGGACAGUGACCAUAUUCACAUUAUGGCAGCUUGCUCAGCUCUAAAUACUGGAGUUAGAGUUUUAUAUAUGGACAGAGGAACUGGCAAUAUUGUAACUCAGCAUGAUCUCCCUGAAGGCUGCACUCCGACUGUACAUUUGCUCUACCGUCCCAGUCAUUACGAUAUUCUUUAUGUAUAAUAAAAAAAGGCGUCAAAGAUUGUGUGUUCAUUAAGUUAUAUAUAUAUUUUUUUUUGUAAUGAAUAAAUAAAUUAAUUGUUAUUAAGGA